AUGAAGAACCACCUGGAGAAGCUCUUGCUAGACUCUCAGAAGUCCCAGGCCGACCUGGCGGGCCAACGCGCGACGCUGGAGGCGGAGCUCGGCAAGCUCCGCCGACGGAUGGACGAGCGGGCGAAGAUGGCCUUGGAGGAAGAGCGUAAGACCACGAGGCUCGCGCGAGAGUGCGGGAACUUGAAGACCGAGCUCGAAGCGGCACGCCAAGACAUCACCAGCGCCUCCGAGGAGCUGGCCGCCGUCCGCCUGACCAAACAGGAGGCCGACGAGGCUCUGCUGGAGAAGGACAAGGAAAACAGCAAGCUCCGGAGCAAGAACGAGAGCUUAAGGGUGGAGAUGGACCGACGACUUCAUGCUCUCAACCAGGAGAAGGGAGACCUGGCAGAAAAGAUGGAGGAAUCGAUUCGGGAGCUGAAGGAUCGGGAGAAUUUACUCCACGGCCAGCUGGAAGCCACGGGAAGGGAGAACAAGGAGAUCCAGGAGGCGCAGGCGGCGGAGAUCAGCGAGAUGGAGGAGCAGCUGAGGCUGGCCAACGAGGACAGGGAGCGCUUGAAGGCGGACGCCAGGAAGGCGAAGGCACACAGCAAGGUUGCGGCGAUGAAGCACCAGGGCGUGGAGCUGCGGCAUAUGGAGGCCGAGAACAAGGAUCUAAAGGCCCGGAUCGAGAGGCAGGAGGCCUUCCACAAGAGGAGGAUGGAGAGAGAGAAGAGGGAAAAGAGGGCUGGACGACCUGUGUCCGGAGGGUGUGGCAGAGUGCCACCCGGGCCCGCUGGCGGCGCUGCGUCCGGGCGCGCGGCGGCUCAACUACUCCCCUUGCCGCCGCUGAUGAGCUACGGCGAGGACGACGCCCGCGGCGGGAGCCGAAGGCUGUCGAUGACGCCGACUUCGGCCACACGAGGAGGAGAUGGCGAUGACGGCGGCGGCGGCGGCCGCGAGCUGUUCUCGUCCGAACGGCCUCGCUCCGCUUCUGAAGCUCACGGCAGCGGCGGCGGAAGCAGCCCUUGCUUCUUCUCAACAACAACGACGACGACAACGACAACGCCGUCGAACCACGCCGACAAGGAGAACAGGGUCCAGGAGCAGCAGGCAGCGGCGGCCCAGCGAAGAGGAGCCCCUGCGUGGGAGGGCAAUGGCGGCGGUGCCGCCGACUGCGAGGCUGGCGCCGGCGGCGGCAGAGACGUCAACGGUAGUGACAGCGGUGCGUUUACCGACGACGACGCCGCGGGAAGGGGCGGUUGUCGCGCUCCUGCGAGCGGGGGACGCCUGAAAGCCGGCGGUCUCAGCAGCAGCGGAGUUAACAGCAGAGGGCGGGGAUUGUCGUCGUCGGGAAGCAAAGGCGGGGGAGUCGGCAGGGCUACCGUCGCUAGCGCUGCUGCUGCUGCUGCUACUGCACAGCCCCUGGAAAGCAGCAAGAUCAGGCGCGUGGCGAGGUCGCCGGCGACGCGCGGGUUGCACGAGGCCGCCGGCGGUCGGCACGCCACGGCCGCCUCCUCGCGCUCGUCUUCUCGCGGAAGGUGUGAAAAGGGACACCACAACCUGCCAAACGAUUUGUAGCCCCGAGCUUCCUUCCCUCGCCCGGUCUCACGCGUGCGAGCACCUUCGCACGCCUCGUUACUUGCCGUGUUACUUGUGUGCGUAAUUUGGCUCUCGUGUUUACGCAGCCCUGAUUGUUUCGACUACUACCCCUACCGCCGCCGCCACCGCCUCCCUACGACAAAUUGUUUUGUGUUUCUUUUUGCUGUCUCUGUUGUGCGUUUGUUGAUGGUCGCAGGAGCGCCGUGGCGGCGAAGGUGGGGGGCCCGCGGUCGUCGAGCCUAGGUAUCCAGUCCCGUGCCUCCUCGGGGUGGCGGUGAGGGGGCCUAAAAAGAGACACGGGGUAUUUUGGAGGGGCGGGGCACACACUGGGGAUGGGCGCUGCAAUGACGUGGGUCUAGCUAGGACACGGUGGGGGGGAGGGGGUUGAAACCGACGGGGGCCGAACCUACCUCGCUCCCGAAAGGCUACACAGUAUUAAAGUAGGCGGUACGGGGGCGAGGGCGGGUGGCGCGCUCUUGUUGCUGCCAUUUUUUUGUGUUUUUUUCUCGUUCCUGCGGUACAAGUGUCGACGCCAUCUCACUCGUUCCUGCCGUGCAAGGGGCGAAGAAGCAGCACGAGAUAGGACCCAUGCAUUAUUGUAUGCGUACAGUAGUCUUCAUCUUGGUUGUUGGUCGGGUUUCGGAGAGGGGAGGGACGCCAUGGCUCGGUGUAGCGUGUGGCGCGAGGAAGGGAACGAAAUAGGCAACGCGUUUCAUUUGCCUUAUUUCUGAUUGUCGGCCGGCUGGUGGCAAUUGUGUUUUCCGGGUGGGGUGGGGGUGGGGGUGGGGGCGGCGUUGUGGUGAGGGGCGGAGGGCUGGUUGUGUAGCUCAUGCAUUAGCGCGUUUUGUGGUCUUGAAAGUCCGCUACACGCAGGGCGAUACAAGUAGUCCGGUUGCUCGGGGGGGGUGAACAAUGAAAAAUGCCUGUUUUUUUUUUUCUCUUAUUUUUUCAUACAAGUCUUUUAAGCAGGGUGGGCGGAGGUGAAAUUUGUGAAAUGAGGAGAGAAAGAGGAUCGAAUUCUCGAAGAGUGGUCGCUGUGGCUGUGGCGAUUGUUCUCACCUUCGACCCUUCGAUCCUUGCACUCGAAGAACCAGGCUGAGACCUUCUCUGUCCGUCUUCGGAUGAUUGCAGGGGUUGGAAUGGAAAAAGUUCAAGUCUCCAGCUUUUCUUUUCUUUUUUCUUUUGUGUGUUGUUUGCUGCUGAGCGGGGCAUGGCGGCCGAUGUUCUUGUGGUCUGUUCCUCAUUGGUGACUGCAGCAGUUUUCUCGCUCGAACGGCGCUUUACUUAAGUUUUGCGUGCCGGCUUCUUGGCUGCUUGCUGCUUCCAUGUGUCCAUGCUUCCUUGUUGCAUCAGUCUGCCCUCAGUACCAUACUCUGAUGAUAUUUCAUCGCACCAGGUUCACGUGCCUUGUUGAAGCAGCAAUGAUCCUGAUCGGGCACAUAACUGCUGCUGUAUACUACCUUCGGUGGGCUUGGCGCCUACGGAAUGGUGGAUGCUGCACCGCACGUGCUUCUUCUGGCGCCACCCCCUCUGCGCACGGCUAUGAUAGGACAGGGCACGGACAAUGUGCAGUGGGGGCGGGGGCAGCAAGGAGAAACGACAGCCCACGCAUAUUUGUAUUUGGCCCCAUGUUCUGCUCUCUCUCUCUUUUCGUUUGGUGUUUGGUACGGCCACGUUGGCGGCAGCUGCAGUUGAAGCUGUUGCAGGUUUUGUUCCGUGAUUUUCUGACCGCCACAUGUACUUUGACUCUUCGCAUCUUGGAUUGCCGAUCCAGUCCUGUACCGA